UUACAAAAAGGUUGGAGUAGGACUUUUUUAGUAGGACAGUUUUUUUUUAAGUUUCAAUCUUUAAUAUUUUCUUUAUUGCAUUUUCUCUUUCUGAAUAUCCUUUGGAAACAAGGCUGUGUUCUUGUCUUUCCCGAAAAUCCCUUUUUAAAUAUCAUCUUGUUCUCUGUAGGGAAUAUAUUUUGAAGGUGGAGUUGGUUGGGGGCCAAAGUGAAUCAUCUACAAACAGAAGAGUGGAGACAAAAUGUAGAUGAAGAGGACAAGAUAGAGAUGAAGGACACAAAUGCUUCUCUGGGGCCCUGGAGAAAGCAGAAAUGUAGCUGGUGUCUGCACUGAAGUGGCAGAUUAAUGUAGAGCUGAGCGCUGGCACAUGCUGCUCUGACGGGGGGAGAGAAAAGUUGGAGGGUCUUGUGGAAAAUGAGAUUCUAAUGGAAAGCCCGUGAAAAAGGCAAGUGAGAAGAAAAAAAAUAACAAAUCCAAGGAUUUCUGAGGAUGAGAGGAGGGACGGGUACGUACAGGGUUGAGAAAAGAGGGGAGGGCGACCAAACAGAAGAGCAGCACGUUGAGCAAUAGAUAGCUUAGGAGCUUAGGAGUGAGGGAGGAAGGAGGUGUGAUAGUGGGUGGGAGAGGAGGAGACUGUCUGGUGGAUGGGCAGAAAGACAAAGGAAAAGAGUAAAAUAAGGAUCCGUCAGAGGGCUGGUUGUAGGGAUGAAGAAACUAACAGAUGCACAGAGAUAAGGCAGCCGAGGUCUCAGGAGAGGGGUACAUGAGUGCAACGUGGAGUAACACAAUGUUUUAGUGAGAGGUAAAGAGGAGAUAAGAGAAGGGGGUGUGAGAUUAAGGGGGGAAAGGGAGAGUGAUAGACUGGCAGGGAAAGGGAGGAGAAAGAAGUGGACGGGAAAGAGGAGGGAGGCCGUCUAGGAGAGCUCAUACAGCGCGUGGAUCUGCUGUCAGAGCGUAAGAGGGAGGGAGGAGAGAGGAAACAGAGGGAGGGGGGGUGAGGUAUUUAAACGCCGGAGCAGGACAGCACAGGCGAAGCUCUGAACUCCCCGAGAGUGGAGGUAGGACAGGCGGAGGGAACAGAAGAACAGUUUUCAUGACGGCAAAGCCCACACACCCGCACACAUAACACACUCACACACACACUUUUUUGGACUUGGACUCAUCUGUGGACUCCCAUCCUGUCCUCUGGAGCACCCACCCGUCACCCUCUUCACCCUCCACCUCCCUCAGUGCCCCCGCUUCGUUGGCCAUGGCGCGGGCCUCUCUCGGGGGUCUUUUUGGCUGUGCCCUGUUGUCCCUAGUCCUCGGGAGCGGCAGUGUGGAUUUCGGGGCACCCCCUGCGAGCUUUUAUCCCCGUUUCAACCCAUUCUUCUUCCUGUGCACCCAUCACGGGGAGCUGGAGGGAGCUGGGGUAGCAGAGGGUGGAGGAGAGGUGUUACUCACCCUCCAAAUCACAGGCAGCCCCACCGCCUACACCCCCGGACAGGAGUACCAAGUGACCAUUUCCACUAGUGUGUCCUUCGAUGGGCUGCUGGUGACUGGCCUCUACACCUCUACACCGGUUCAGUCAGCUCCUAUUCCUGCUCCAGCUGCCUUUGGCUUUGGUGUGAUGCCGGAUCGGCAGUUUGCUGGAACCCAGUUUGUCUGCAGCGUUGUGGCUUCUCACGUCAGCCACCAGCCCUCCACCAGCUUCAGUUUUGUCUGGAUCGCCCCCCCGCCUGGAACUGGCUGUGUCAAUUUCCUAGCCACAGCUACUCACAGAGGACAGAUCAUUUUUAAGGAUGCGCUAGCACAGCAGCUCUGUGAGCAAGGAGCUCCAACUGAAUCCCCACUGAGACCUAAUCUUGUGGAACUUCAUGGUAAACAUGUUGUGCUUCGGGAUGACUUUGACUCCAACCUCCAAGCAGAGCUGGACCCCAGCAUAUGGUCUGAGUGCAGCAACUGUGAGGUUGGAGAGCAGUGUGGCGUGCUAAUGCACGGCAGAGCGCUCACUUUCUGUGAGCCCUUCGGAGAGAGACAGCUGACCACUGUAGCACUCAACACCAGCACAGCCUCGGUCCUGCAGUUCGCUUUGGGCUCAGGCUCCUGCCGCUUCAGUUACUCAGACCCCAGCAUCACUGUGUCAUACAGUCUGAUCAGUAACACCAACACCUCAGAUGACUGGAUCACACUGGGGCAGAUCAGAGCUCCUACCAACAGCAGCACUGUUGUUCACCUCCUUACCCUCCCUGAGCCCUCGAAAGCAGAUUCCGUUCGCCUCCGAUGGUCUCAGGAAGCCCCCCACGGACCUGAAGGCUACGAGUCAUGCUGGGGGCUGGACAAUGUGCUGCUGGUCAACGCUGCUCACAGAGUCCCCUUGAUGGAGGACAACUUAGAUCCUCCAGACACCGGGAACUGGCUCUUUUUCCCAGGAGCAACUGUGAAGCAUGCCUGCCAGUCAGAGGGCAACGCUCUGUACUUCCAUGGUGGUGAAGGUGCCGGUCACAGCUUUGCCACCACCAGGGACAUCGAUCUUCACCGAGAAGAGGGAAGAAGCUACUGGGAGGAAGAUUUCGAGAGCCCCCCUUCAAAUUGGGACAUAGAAGGAGCCGCCUAUGGCAUCAAGUGUGGGGAGAUUGAAUCAGGUGCAGCAUUAGUGUUUGAAAAAGAGGGGCGGAGGAGAGUGUGCACUCCCUACAUCGACACCACGACCUAUGGAAACCUGCGCUUCCACUUCACUAUGGGCGGAGGUGACUGCGAUCCAGGAGAGUCACAUGAGAAUGAUGUGAUACUGUUUGGGAGGUCGGAAGGCAGGAGGGAGCGCGUGGUGCUGGACACUCUUCCUUACUCCUCUUACAGGGUUCCUGCUGUGGUAUCGGUGGCCCUGCCAUCGGAGCUCCAAACACCCGUCACUCAGUUCUGUCUGGAGCAGCGCUCCCACGGUGGCGCUAACCGUCAUGUGUGGGCUGUGGACUUCAUGCAGCUGCUCCCUCUGCUGCCUGGCACCCUCACACACGUUGCCCAGUUCUCCAUCAAUCUUGGCUGUGGUUCCUACCAGCCAGCCAACAGCGUAAGCCUGGAGUUCUCCACCAACCUUGGCCGCUCCUGGUUCCUGCUCCACACAGAGUGCCUGCCAGAGCUCUGCACCGGGCCGCAUCUACCACACAGUACCAUCUACUCCUCUGACAACUACAGCGGUUGGACCAGAAUCUCCAUUCCUUUACCCAACGCUGCUCUGACAGAGACCACCUGCUUUCGCUGGAAGCAGUCUGGCACUGGAGCUGGAAACAUGUGGGCCAUAGACAACGUUUAUGUCGGGCCAGCGUGUCUUCGUUUCUGUUCUGGGAGAGGACAUUGUUCCCGAACAGGCUGCAAAUGUGAUCCGGGUUUCAGCGGUCCAGCUUGCGAGCUGGCAUCCCAGACUUUCCCGGCGUUCCUGUCCGAGGGUUUCUCCAGCCCCCGCCUCUCCUCCUACCACAGCUUCUCCUCACUUCGAGGGGCUGAGGUCAGCUUCGGCUGCGGGGUGCUCGCAAGUGGCAAAGCCUUGGUGUUUAACCGGGACAGCAGGAGGCAUUUGAUCACUGCUCCACUAGACAGUUCGCAAGCCAGGUAUCUGCAGUUCACGCUCCGUCUGGGCAGUCGUAGCAUCCUGAGCUCCUGUCCUGCUCCUGACCAGCCAGGAGAGGGCGUCCUGCUGCAUUACUCCUCAGACAACGGCAUCACCUGGACCCUGCUGCAGCACUACGCAUACCAAGGUUUCCAUGAGCCAAGGAUCGUGUCGGUUGAACUCCCGGCAGGAGCCCGUAAAUUCGGUGUGCAGUUCCGCUGGUGGCAGCCGUACCACUCUGGGCGUGGCCAUGACGUGUGGGCGUUAGAUGAAAUCAGCAUGACCUCCGUGCUCUUCAACACCAUUAGUCUCGACUUCAGCAACGUGCUGGACGUCACCCAAAGUCUUGGCUUCUAUCUUGGCCACGUUCAGCCCUACUGCCAACAUGACUGGACUCUCAGUUUCUCUGGUGAGCCCAGCCCUGGCUCUAGUAUCCGCUAUGUUGAGACUCAGUCAAUGCAAAUCGGAGCCUCCUACAGCCUGCAGUUCUCGCUGGUCAUGGGUUGCGGCCGUGAGCCUUCCCCUCACAUUGAUACCCAAGUCCGUCUGGAGUUCUCCACCAAUCACGGCCUCACCUGGCAUCUGGUCAAAGAGGCCUGUCUCCCCGGCAUGCCGAGCUGCUCUGAGUUUACAGCUCCCAGCGUCUACCACCCAUCAGAGUUCAAAGACUGGAGACGCAUCACUCUCUCCUUGCCUCAGAAGACGUGGUCUAGUGCAACCCGGUUCCGCUGGAUCCAGAACUACUAUGGAGAGCAGGACGAAUGGGCUUUGGAUGACAUCUACAUCGGACAGCAGUGUCCCAACAUGUGCCAUGGACAUGGCUGGUGUGACCACGGACACUGCAGAUGCGAUGACGGUUUCUCUGGAACAGACUGCCAGCCUUCCUCCCCGCUCUCCUCUAGCGUUCUCUCUGACUUUGAGUCCCAGGAUGCUCUGCUGGCCACAUGGCAGGAGGUGAUUGGUGGAGAGGUGGUGUCUCCUGAUAUGGGGUGUGGGGUGGUCUCCUCUGGGUCAUCACUAUACUUCAGCAAGGCUGGGCUGAGGCAGCUCGUAAGCUGGGAUCUGGACACUGAGUGGGCGGAGUUUGUGCAGUUCUACCUGCGGGUGGGUGGAGACUGGGCAGAGUGUAACCAGGCGGACAGCAGGGAGGAGGGAGUUCUGCUGCAGUACAGUAACGAUGGGGGCAUUAGCUGGGGCCUCAUUGCUGAGAUGUACUUCACAGAUUUCACCAAGCCCCGUUUUGUCCACUAUGAGCUUCCUUUGGCCUCCAAAACUCCGUCUACAAGGUUUCGAUGGUGGCAGCCUCUUCACUCUGGGGAGGGCUAUGACCAGUGGGCAAUUGAUGAUGUCAUCAUUUUAUCAGAGAGGGAAAAACACAUCAUCCCCAUGGCCAACCCUACACUGCCACAGAAUUUUUACGAGAAGCCAGCGUUCGACUAUCCUCUGAACCAGAUGAGCGUCUGGCUGAUGCUGGGAAAUGAAGGCAUGGAGAGGGAAAGCAACGACAGCUUCUGCGCUCCGACUCCGUCUGCGAUGGUGUUCGGUCGCUCUGAUGGGGACCGGGUGGCUGUGACCAGAGACCUUGCCCUCCGCCCUGGCUACACGCUUCAGUUUAAGCUGAACAUUGGCUGUGAGUCAGAGUUCAGCGGCUCUGCACCGGUGCUGCUGCAGUACUCGCAUGAUGCUGGUCGUACCUGGGCUCUGGUCGGAGAGGGCUGUUACCCAGGGACCCCUGGGGCGGGGGUGUGUGAAGGCAGCAGUCGUGAACUCAGAGAAUCCACUGUGUAUUACACCGGUGACUAUGAGCAGUGGACCAGAGUCACCGUUGUAGUCCCACGUAAUGUUGCAGCCAGCAAAACGAGGUUCCGCUGGUUCCAAGAGAGCAGCAUCCACCGAGAUGCCCCGCCUUUUGCCCUGGAUGGCGUCUACAUCUCCGAGCCUUGUCCAAACCACUGUGGGGGUCACGGUGACUGCAUCUCUGGAGUCUGCUUCUGUGAUAUGGGAUACACAGUGGAGCAGGAUAGCUGUGUCCCAUCUGUUGCGAGCCCAACAGAACUGACGGAGGGCUUUGAAGGAAAGUUGAGUCCUCUAUGGCAGAGCAUAAGUGGUGGACAAGUUGGAGGCGGCUGUGGCAUCAUCGGUGAGGGCAAGGCUCUGUACUUCAGUAGCUCAGGGAGGAGAGAAGCGCGCACCGUGCCUUUGGACACUACAAACACGCGAUUGGUUCAGUUCUACAUCCGGAUUGGCAGCAAGAGUUUGGGACCUACUUGCACCAGGCCGCGAUCCCGGAAUGAAGGCGUCGUUGUCCAGUUUUCUACCAACAAUGGAGUCCAAUGGCAGGUCCUUAGAGAACUGGACUUCAGUUCUUUCUUGGAACCUCAAGUGGUGACCAUUGAGCUUCCCCCUCCAGCAAAAACCCCUUAUACAGUGUUCAGGUGGUGGCAACCACAGCAAGGGAAACAUUCAGCCCAGUGGGCUCUGGACGAUGUUCUGGUUGGUAUGAACGACAGCUCCAGAACAGGUUUCCAUGACAAGUUUGAUGGCACAACUCCUCUGAGGCACAACUGGUACCGCAUUCAGGGCGGGGAGGUGACCGUGGACUGUUUGUCUCUCGACACCGCUCUGACCUUCAACUCAGAAGCCAUAGACAAGAAACCCAGGUAUGCGGAGAGCUGGGACUUUGAGGUGACAGGCUCAUCGUUUCUGCAGUUUGAGUUGAGCAUGGGCUGCAGCAAAUCCACUUCCUUUUCCCACGGCGUGCGACUGGAGUACUCCACUGACUGUGGGCGACAUUGGUCUCUCAUCACUCCCGAGUGCGUGCCACCGGCUAUCGGUUGCGCCGGUUACACUCAGAGCUCCGUCUACACCUCCACCCAAUACAAACGCUGGAAGAGGAUCACCGUCUACCUCCCCAGUGCAGCCAACUCUCCCAGAACACGGUUCCGGUGGAUCCAGACCCACUUCACGCCCGGAGCAGAAGGUUGGGCUCUAGAUAACGUGCUACUUGCCCCUGGUUGCCCCUGGAUGUGUUCUGGUCAUGGUUUGUGUGACAACGGACGCUGUGUAUGUGAUAAGGGGUAUGGAGGGGCACAUUGUGUGCCUCUGACUCCACUUCCCUCUCUGCUGAGAGAGGACUUCAACGAGAACUUACAGCAAGAGACCUGGCCCGAGGUGUACGGAGCGGAGAGAGGAACUCUGAGUGGAGAGCCUCUCAAGUCGGGGACUGCCCUCAUCUUCAAAGGGGAUGGUCUACGAAUGAUAGUGUCCCGUGAUCUGGACUGCACAAACACACUCUACAUUCAGUUCUCCUUCAAGUUCAUCACCAAAGGUGUUCCGGAGCGCUCCCACUCAGUGCUGCUGCAGUACUCGGUGAACGGAGGAAUCAGCUGGCUGCUUCUGGAUGAGUUUUACUUCCCAUCCUCUACAGACUCCCUGUUCCUCCACCUGCCACUGCCAACCAGCGCUCAGACAAACGCCACCCGCUUCAGACUCUGGCAGCCCUAUAACAGCGGUAAAAAGGAAGAGGUUUGGGUGAUAGAUGAUCUCAUCAUUGACGGCAGCUCCACACACAAUCCUCCUGUGCUGAUCGACAGCUUUGAAGAAGGUCCCAAUGAGUCGAACUGGCUGUUCUAUCCUGGUGGAAAUACUGGGCUUUACUGUCCGUACCAGAAAUCUGGCUUAGAGGAGGAUGAGUCAGCCAUGGUGUUCGUUUCCAGUGAGCUUGGAGAGCACUCCAUCACCACCAGGGACAUCGAUGUAAACGAGAACACCAUCAUCCAGUUCGAGAUUAACGUGGGCUGCACGACUGAGAGCUCCUCUUCCCACCCAGUCCGCCUUGAGUUUUCUCGGGACUUUGGUGCCACGUGGCACCUUCUGGUGCCUAUGUGUGCCGGUGGGCCUCAGCCCUCCUCGCUUUGCUCCACAGAGCUUCACCCUGCUAGCAUCUAUUUCCCUGGUACUACUCAGGGCUGGAGGAGGGAGGUCAUUCAUUUUGGCAAGCUCCGCCUCUGUGGAUCAAUUCGGUUCCGUUGGUAUCAGGGUUUCUUCUCAGCUGGUUCAAAUCCCCCAACCUGGGCAAUAGACGACGUGUACAUCGGGCCUCAGUGUCAGGACAUGUGCAAUGGUCACGGGGCUUGUGUGGGUGGCUCUCACUGUGUGUGUGACCCGGGCUACUCGGGACCUGACUGUUCUGUUCCUGACACCCCCAACCCUGAUUUCCUCAAAGACGACUUUGAAGGUGGGGCGGUGGACACGGAGCAUUUCAGACUCCUCAGUGGAGGCAAACCAUCCAGGAAAUGUGGCAUCAUGUCGAGCGGGAACCACCUGUUCUUCAGUGAGGACGGCCUACGCAUGUUAGUUACCAAUGACUUGGACCUGUCCAACGCCAGGUUUGUCCAGUUUUUCCUGCGUCUGGGCUGCGGCAAGGCACCCCCGGACCCUCGCUCUCAGCCUGUUCUGCUGCAGUUCUCCGUGGACGGAGGCCUGACUUGGGGACUCCUGCAGGAGUUUCUUUUCAGUAACAGCAGCAAUCAGGCUCGUCUGGUCGCCCUGGAGAUCCCGCUCCGUGCCCGCACCUCAUCUACUCGUCUUCGCUGGUGGCAGCCCUCAGAGAACGGGCAUUUCUUCAGCCCUUGGGUCAUAGAUCAGGUGGUGGUGGGCGGCAGUGCCAGUGGUUGGGGACCACUAGAAGAUGAUUUCUCCUCAAUUGAUGGGCGUUCUUGGCUCCUCCACCCUGGUGGCACCCGGAUGCCUGUUUGUGGUUCUGAUGGACCGGCUUUCGCGUUCAUUGAGAAGUCCAACACGCGCUACGCUGUUACCACCGACAUCAGCUUAAGUCCAGACUCUUUCAUCCAGUUUGACUUCUCUGCGUCGUGCUCAGUCACAAACUCUUGCUAUUCGGUUGAGUUGGAGUACUCCCUGGAUCUCGGUCUGAGCUGGCAGCCUUUGGUCAGAGAAUGUUUGCCUACGAGCCCCGACUGCUCCUCUUACACUCUGCAGCGGCUGCUGCUUUCUGACACCUACAACAAGUGGGGCCGUGUGACGCUGCCCAUUUCUCCACAUGCCAGAUCUCCAGCCACGAGGUUCAGGUGGUUCCAGCAGGCUCCCUUUGACAAGCAGCAGACCUGGGCUCUGGAUAAUCUCUACAUCGGAGACGGCUGUCCAGACAUGUGCUCGGGACAUGGACGCUGCCAGCAGAGCUCCUGCUUGUGUGACCCUGAGUGGAGUGGGGAGUACUGUGACGAGCCUGUGGGUCCUCUGCCCUCACAGUUAAAGGACAGCUUCAGUCGAGCUCCCUCCCUCAGUCACUGGCAGACGCUCACUGGUGGUAAACUCAGCACUGUGUGUGGAGCUGUGGCCUCUGGAGCUGCACUGCAUUUCAGCGGAGGCUGCAGCCGUCAGCUGGUGACAGUGGAUCUGAACCUAACCAGCGCAGAGUUCAUCCAGUUCUACUUCAUGUACGGCUGCAUGAUCCCACCCAGCAACCGCAACCAGGGCGUCCUCCUAGAGUACAGUUUAAACGGUGGAAUCAACUGGCAUCUACUGACAGAGAUCUUCUAUGAUUUGUACACCAAGCCUGGGUUUGUGAAUGUUUUGCUGCCCCCUGCUGCUCGGCAGGAAGGAGUACGCGUUCGCUGGUGGCAGCCGCAGCACGACGGCACCGACCACAGUGACUGGGCUAUAGAUAAUGUCCUGAUCGCAGGCUCAGACCCCCGAGCUCAGAUCUCUGACACAUUCGGAGGAGUGGCUUUGCCAAAUCAUGAGAGAGCCCCUGCAGACGAGACUUCAGGAAAGAUUGAUCAACCCAGUGAGCUGGAGGAAACCCCUUUAGUGAGUGAUAACUGGUUGUUCUCGGAGGACUGCUCAGUGCAGCGCUUCUGCAACUCUCCUGACGGGGUGAUGGUUUGUGGAAAUGAUGACGGGAGAGAGGUGUACGCCGUCACUCACGAUAUCAUUCCGGGCAAGGGAUGGGCCAUGCAGUUCAAGAUUGCUGUGGGUUGCAGUGUUCCGGAGCGCCACGCGGAUCGGCAAGUUCACGUUCAGUAUUCUGUGGAUUUCGGAGUUACCUGGAAGUACCUCGUUCCCCAGUGCCUCCCUGCCGACCCCCGCUGUGGUGGUCAGGUGUCCCAGCCGUCCGUCUUCUUCCCCGCUGAGGGCUGGAAGAGGGCGGUCUAUCCUCUACCCGACAGCCUGGCUGACACAGCUGUGCGGUUCCGGUUUUACCAGCAGCACUCUGAUAUCCAGUGGGGAGUGGAGAACUUCUACAUUGGGCCAGCCUGUGACAGCCAUUGUGGGGGGCAUGGGGACUGUCUGGAUCAGCGCUGCCUCUGUGACCCUGGAUUCACUGGACCCAACUGCUAUGCCAGCACUGCUCUUAAGGCAUCUCUGAAGGAGCGUUUUGACUGGGAGGGGGCAGCAGGCGCUCAGUGGGAGGUGCUUGAGGGCGGUAAACCCUGCACAGACUGCGGUGUUCUGGUGGAGGGCACAGCCUUGUACUUUGGAGGAGCCGGUGCAAGACAAGCCGUCACUGCCGACUUGGACCUGCGAGGCGCCAAGUUUGUGGAAUACUGGGCGAGGAUUGGAAGUGAAGACAACAUGACCAUGUGCCACCGUCCGACCUGCCGCAGAGAAGGGGUGCUUCUAGACUACUCUGUUGACGGAGGCGUGUCCUGGACUCUGCUGCAUGAGAUGGACUAUCUGAAGUACGUGUCCGUGAGGAGAGACUACAUCGUCCUGCCAGAGGGAGCUCUGACGAAUGCCACUCGCCUGCGCUGGUGGCAGCCUUUUACUAUUUCCUCUGGGCUGGCCACUCCAAGCCUUGAAAGAGCCCAGUGGGCCAUAGACAACAUCUUGGUGGGGGGGUCAGACAUCAACCCAUCCGCACUGUUCGAUACAUUUGACGAUGAGGGAGUUUCACACGAGGAGAGCUGGAGUUUCUACCCCAACGCUGUUCGAACGGCCGGCUUCUGCGGGAACCCCUCGUUCCACCUGUACUGGCCAAACAAGAACAAAGACAGGACACAUAACAUCCUUGCCACCCGAGAACUUAUUGUCCAACCUGGAUAUAUUUUGCAGUUCAAGAUCGUCGUUGGCUGUGAGGCAGACACGUGCGAAGACCAUCAUUCUGUCCUGCUGCAGUACAGGAAGGAUGCUAGGUCGGAUUCGUGGCAGCUGGUGCAGUCAGAAUGCCUCCCGUCUUCAAUAAACAACGUGGGCUGCUCUCCCUUCCAGUUCCACGAAUCCACAAUCUUUAGUCCAAUUAACAGCUCAACGUGGACCAGGGUCACCGUCCAGCUUCCAGACCAUGUCUCCUCAGGAGCCACUCAGUUCCGCUGGAUUCAAAAGGAAGGGACCGGAGAGAGGCUGAGCUGGGGCGUGGACCAUGUUUACAUCGGAGAAGCCUGUCCGGGACUGUGCAGCGGCCACGGCUACUGCACCAGUGGAUUAGUUUGCAUAUGCGAUGAAGGAUACCAUGGAGAUGACUGCUCCCUCUCCAGCACUGACCUCCCCAGCUCCAUCAAGGAUAACUUUGAGUCUGGUAGCAUGUCUCAGGAGAGCUGGCAGCUGAUCCAGGGUGGGGGAGUGGGCAGUGGCUGUGGGCAGCUGUCCCCACACGCCCACGGAGACUCACUUUACUUCAAUGGCUGUAAAAUGAGGCAGGCAGUUACCAAACCGCUAGACCUCACUAGAGCCAGCAAGAUCAUGUUCGUGCUGCAGAUCGGCAGCGUGGCGCAGACCGACAGCUGUAACAUAGCCUUGGAUCAAGCCGACACCGUGGAUCGAGCCGUCCUGCUCCAGUACACGGUCAACAAUGGAGUCAGCUGGCACGUAAUCGCCCAGCACCAGCCCAAAGACUUCAUAAAGGCUCAGAGAGUCUCCUACAACAUUCCACUUGAAGCCAGGGUUAAAGGAGUGAUGCUGCGGUGGUGGCAGCCCCGGCAUGAAGGUGCGGGACAUGACCAGUGGGCCUUGGACCAUGUGGAAGUAGUUCUUGUCAGCACGCGUAAGCAAAACUACAUGAUGAACUUUGCCAGACAGACCGGCAUGCGUCACUACUACAGCCGCAAGCGGCGGGCACUGCGGCAGCAGCAGCGCGCCUGAAGGAGUGGGAGGAACCCGCCAAUCACACAUCAACAUGCCUCGUACAUCCUCGUCGCCCUGUUGAGACCCGUCCACCGGUGGAUUCCAAUCAGCCUCAGACGCCCCCCCCCUUCACCCGUCCAAUCACUACUGCGCUCCAGCCAAACCACACACAUCAGCGGGAAUGAAACUAAAGGAGUAAAGAGGCCAUAUUGUCCCAAAGGAUGGUCAGGGCUUUUUUUGGGUUGUUUUGUAAUCGUUGCUGUCGUUCCUCUGAUUCCCACCUUCCCCCAUCUUUUUUCCUGCCACACUGUGAAACUAAAGAGAUAAAACAUCACUGCUGAACUUACCAGCUGAUUUGAGGAGAACCCACCCCCCCCUCAGUUCUACUGAGCCACUGGGAGGGGAGGAGGAGGACCACUCCACCGCAGCCGAACCAGUACGCCAGGAGAGAGACACAAUGAUACUGGCUAUUAAGAGGAAUAACAGUGAUGAAGAUAUAAAAAAAAAAAAAAAAAAAGUAUUGUGUUCUUGGUGUUCUGUGUGUCUGUGGGUUCUUUUUGUGAUGAGUUGACUGUGGUGUUUUGUUUGUUUGUUUGUUUGUUCCUUUUUCUACUAAUUUGUAUGCUUUUAAGGGGGGAGGUGGCGGGUUGGGUUUCCUUUCCCUCGUUCGUUGGAUCAGGAGUGGGCAGGACACAAGAGGCCCAAACAACACGGAGGAGGGACAAAGGAAAGAUUUGCACGGCGGCGGAAAAAGGGAAAAUAUAUCUAAAAGAAAAAAAAAAGAAAAAAAGGACUGGUUAACAAGUUUUUUAAAUCAUUUUUUUUAUAUAUGUUGGUUCCUGAAAAUACAGAUAUUUAUGGUAAAUGGUUCUUCACGUAACCUAUUUAAGAUGCACUGUGCGUGAAAUCUGUAUGUUUUUUAGUUAUGUUUUUUUUUUUUAGUGUUAAGUUAUUAGACAGUUGAGUCGGGCUCUCGGACUGCAUCAUCUCCCCUCUUCUUUCACUCUCCUCCUCUCUUGUGCUGUUUCCCUUCCCUUCCAUCCUCUCUCUGCUGAUUUCUGAAACCUGGAGGUGAGGCUCUAUCAGUGUUGUUUUUUGAAGUCUGUGUAAUAUGGACCCUCUGCCCUCAAUGUAACUCCAGUAUAGCAAUCUCCUGUAAAUAUAUAUACACGUAUAUCCACUAUGGGGAGACCCAGCAGCCUUAUUCAAGGGAAAUAAAGAACUGUCCAAACCUCAAACUGUG